AUGUGGGACUUUGACGCGAACGUGACGGUGCUGGCGACCACCUUCUCACUGGGCCUCGCUUUCUUCCUCGUCGGAUUUGCGUGCGCGUACCGAGCGACGCGUCGCAAGCAUGCGACCGAGAAUGUCAACCAAGUGCCCGACGUGACGCUCAUAAAGUACUGCACCAAAGUGCUGCGCGUGCUCUGCCUCGGCGUCCUCGGCUGCCAAUUCGCGCUCUUCGCCCACGCCACGUCGGUCCCGAGCACGGCCCUCAACGUGCCGCUCUUCGACAGCUUGCACCGUCCGCUGCUCGGCGCGCUCUGCACUGCGUUUGGCUUUUCGACCAAUUUUCACCCGAGCGUCCGGCAUCUGUUUUUGGUGGCGAUGCUGUCGCUGGUCACGUGCGAUACCAUCUCGGAGGUGCACUACCUCUCGAUUGCCGAGUGCGCGGCGAAAGGCCAGCUCUGCUCGCCGAUCCCGGUCACGUCGGAGAAGCUGCUGCGGCUCGUGCUGCGGGACCUUGUAAGCAUCGUUUUGGAGCUCUGGGCGGCGCUCCAAGUCGCAUACCUCUGCCUCGCGAUCGGGUGCUGCUCGUCACGCUAUUCGGCACGCCAGCUCUCGAUUAGCAAUCCAUACUCCAACGUCCGCGAUCUGCUCGUCAAGUACCACCCCGAGCUCAAGCUAAAGCCCAUGCGGCUGCACGAGCUGAAUCGGCGGCAAGACGACGUCGCCGUCUGCGUCCGAGCAACGCAUCUCGAGCAUGAGAAAAGCCUCGCAAAGCGGCAAGCCGGUCGCGAGGCGCCAGAGGUCAAACAAACUAUGGCGCCGCCUUAG